GAACUAGUAAAAUUUUCGCAUGAAAUAGGCAGCACUUCCGGUAGAAGUGGCAGUACUCUGCAACUUUCUAGCACAAGCGAUAUUUGACAAAGAUGGCAAGGAAAAACGGUAUUCGAUCAGAAAACUCGGGAACAAUACACUUUGAUACAAGAACUAAAGCGGUCAUGGCAGAAGUUUCCCUAGCGCAAGAGAAUAUCAAGGAAAAGGUGAAUGCAGUACGAGAAGUUAUCCUGGGGAAAAGCAACAAUGAAAUCAUUUUAGUCUUGCAGUACUACGAGUAUGAUGUAGCUAAGGCCAUCCAGGCUUAUUGUGAAGAUGGAGCUCAGAAAGCCCUACAAGAAUGGCAUUGGUCUGGAAAUAAGACACCAAACAAGAAGAAGAAAAACAAAAAGAAGGCUUCAUCCAAAGCUGCUGGUGAGGAGGGGGAGUUACAGUCCCCCAAGAAAGAGGCCUCCUCACCACCCCUAUCUAACGGUAUACCAGUCAAAGAUGGUAUACCGAAUGGAAUCAUAGUAAAUGAAUCCAUAAACUUAGAUAAUACAGACACAGAGCCAACAGGAGGGGGGCAGGCAUUUAUAGAAGGUGAAAAGGAAGCUAGAGGGACAUCUCCAAAUGUUAACAACAAUGCACCAUCCUCUAAUUCAUCCCCAUUGAAACAGCAAUCACCCCAGCCUCAAAGGCAGCAACCCUCAUCUCGAAACUCCCCUACAGCAUCAUCGUCACAACCCCAGAGGGCAGGGUCAACGCCUCAGCCACAGAGGCAACCCCACAGCCAUCUUCACAAUAGACAACGAACUCACUCUGGUUCACAUUCCCACAGACAAAGGACUGCCAGCACAACUUCUCAACCCGAACAUAAACCAACACACUAUAAAGCACAUCAUGGAUUAGAAAAGUCGGUGAAAGACUUGCAUAGACAAACUGUUGCAUUAGAGAGAUUCCGUAUGGUUUUAAAUGAAGAAGUAGAUAAAACCUACAAAAGAAUCAAAUCUGUAUUUGAUGAAAUGAGAACAAGCUUAAACAACAGGGAAACGGAACUCACUUCUGAGAUGGAUAAAGUAAAAUUGGCAGCAAACGACAUAUUUGCAAUGAGACAGAAAAGAGCAGUAGAACUGAAAAUGAAAGUAGACAGGUCAGACAACAUGAAUGAACAAGAAUUAUCUGAACUUCGCUCAGAAAUAAAGCAUUUCAUAAGUGAAAGGAAGAUAGAUGAGGAUUUAAGUAGGACAACUAGGUUCUUAUAUGACUCCGAUCACCUGAAGGAGGAAAUAUGUCAAUUUGCUGAGGUUGUACCGGUCAAAUGUUCUUAUUCUGCCAGACGUCCAUCAAUGAGUUCAGUAGCCAGUAGUGGACCAGAGGAAAUGGACAGUCUAGCUUCUUCUCUCAAUAGUCCAGCACCAGUUGUUGUAGAUUCAGGACAUGAACUUGAACAUGACUCUCUAGGUGCCAGUGAAGCACAUGAAAUGGCAGAACUUCAAAGGAGGCUGAAAGGUUCAUUACAAAUGCAGGGGUACAUGAAGUCAGAGGAAGAAAAUGACCAAGCCCAUUCACCCACAAAGUCUAGUCCAGUGUCCAGUAGCAAUCAUAUUAACUAUGAAUUAGGAAGUAGUGCAUCACUAAAAACUACCAGUGAAGACAAUGCUGACAUGCAACCCAAACCCAGUGAAACAAGUGAGAAAUCAUCUCAAAAUGGAGCUGUGAAGUCUAGUUCAGAGUCAGAAGCAAUUAGGAGAUCUCAGUACUCAGGUAGGGGCAGAGGUAGGGGAGGCAACUACAGGGGCCGUCCCAGAAAAGAUGGCAGUGACUCUUACUAUAGGAACCAGGGAGGCUAUGAAAGGGGAGGUUACAGGAGGAGAGUGGAGUACUAUAACUCCAGACGAGAUAAUGACAGGAGGAAUUACAGGCCAAAGGAUGAACAUCCAAAAAGUGCCACCCAGAGAGGCGAGAGACAGAGUAAUCCUCGUUACGAGAGGCCAAAUACGACUAGAGAGAAUGUACGGCCCAAAACUCCUACAGAAAAUGUAAAGGAACCUACUGGUAGAAAGGAUUUAAACAAUGUACCUCAGGAAUGAAUUUAAUUUUCAAGUUUUCUCUUUGUGUUUUGGGGGGGUUAUUCUAGUCUCAUUGUUACAUCCUUUUUAGCUCAAGUGAUCCUGUAUUACACAUUGAAAUAUUAUCUUCUUAAACUGUAAAGAAAUGGGGCUCUUCAAAGUUAUGUCUGUUAGGAGACUCUAAAUGUUACUUCUAACAUAAAGAUAAAAAAGAAAAUUCAUCAUUCUUUAUUCCAUCAGAGCAGUUUGUGGACCCCAAAUAUAACUACGUGUAUUAUAUUAUCCUUUUUGAAUGUUGAUAUAAAUUUUUAUUUGUAAUUCAGUGAAUUCAUUUUGGAUAAUGUAAGGAAUGCUUUGUGAAUGUCAGGUAAUUGUAAUUGCUAUUACGCAUAAAAUGAAUUUUUUUGUUUCUGUUUGCAAAUGAAAAUUGUUUACAUAAAUAUAUGUAUUGAAUUUGUGAUAAAACCCUGUUACUUAAUGUUUUGAAUUUCACCUCAGCCAUAUUGAUACAUGUAUAUUGUCAAUGUGUGAAAUAUUCAUCAUUUGCUUUUAUCAAUGUCAUUAAUGGGUGAUUACGUAUUAAUUGCACUUGUUAUACAGCAGUAUUGGAAUUUUGCUUUUAGUGCUAGAAGAAUAAGAUACAUGUACUAUUGAUUUCAUUAAAAAUCAAUGACUACUUGUUUUAUGAUAGUUAACUUUAACCCUUUACCCAAUGUAAACCUUAUCUUGAUAAAUCCUUCAAAUGAAUAUGUUUUUCUUUGGGGGAGAAAAUAGUGCAUUCUGUCAAAUUUUGUAUUUAUACCACAGUAUUCAAUGCAAUCUACAUUAUCUUGUAUUGUCAUAGUAUGCUGGUAUUGAAAAGUUGUGAAUUAUAAAUAGAAAUACAUAUACCCAACUUGUUCAUGAAAUCAGUAAAGCAUUGAUAAUCAUUUGACACACAAACUAAUUAAGCUGUGAUUGUGGACAAAGUUCUGGAUAAACGAACUGUGAUUUUAACUCGGUGGUUGAAGUAGUAGCAGACAAUCACAUCCCAGGGUAUAUUGUAUAUUAUAAAAGUAAUACUGAUCUGUGAUAUAGACACAUUUUGGGACAAACUUCAUUUAUUAACAGGAGCAAAACUUUCUACAAAAUUUAUCAAUAUUUAUCCAUUGAAAAAUGUGAAUGAUUUUAUCACUCUAUAAAACAUUAUAAGCAAUUAUAAGCAAUUAAGCAUACUGUAUAACCAAAAGUGUAUGAAGUAUAUCAUAAGCUUUUUUAGUGCUCUAGAUAUCCAUAACAACAUUGCCAGCUUUAAUUUAAUAAAUAAUGAAACGGUUCAUGUUAUUCAACAAUAGGAAGCCUUACAUUCUUAUCUUUACAUUUGAAUAAUUAUUGUGGAGGAAAUAGGUUGAAAUUAAAGCCACUUUCUUUAAGUGAAGCGUGGUUAUAAUUAAGCUCACUCUUUACGUAGAAAAUUACUUUUAUAAAUGAGAGUAAUUACUUUAAAGAGUGUCUAAUCUUGUAAAGGAUGCUUAUAAGUAGUUGCUUUUCUUCCAGUGCUACAGAAAUUUUAUUAUCCAAGGGAAUCAAUCUUGCGGCCUAUAACUCUGUUUAAAUAUUUGGAUGAGGUGACCUUUUUUAAUAUGACAUCUUUCUACAGUUUACUUUUUACACAUAUUAUAGUCCAUGUUUACUGAAUAAAAUGUAACCAUGAAUGUUUGAAAUGAUUUCUGUCUCAACAUCUAUGCAUGUCCUGCAAGAAUGAUAUUUUUAACUUGUUAAUGUAGAUAAACAACGACUUGCUUGUAGUAAUCCCUUUCUGUGUUUGAAUAAUCUAAGUAUAUAUUUUGUAUGGUCACAAAUUUUUAUAAAUAAGCAAUUGCUUUCAAGAAUAUGUGUAAUGUAUAGCCUUUUUUAUUCUUCAAUGGUGAAAUAAUUUAAUCUCCAAAGACAACAGGUACUUUUUUGUAAAAUGUACCAGGCAACUUUAUUUUUGCCCAUUACAGUUUCUAUUAAAUGUUAGCUUUGGUGCACAAUUUUCUCUAUAUUUUAUUCUUAUUGUAAUUAAAUUAUACUCAUUUAAGUGCCAAACUGGGAUACAGAGAAAAUCCGAUGUUGAAUUUUCAUGUCACCAUUUUGAAUAAGGCAACCAUAAAAAUAUUUCCUUUGCUUUGUUUUACCUCUUGGAGUUUAGUUUAAAUAGAAUUAUGUUUACAUUUACUUAAAAUAGGGUUAUUUUUAUGUGCUAAUUACACCAGAAAUUAUAAGCAUUAGGAAAAGUCAACAGUUCUACGUUUAGUAUUGUUAUUGCUGAAUAAAAUAUAAUUGUGCAAAGGCAUUUGUAUGCAGGGUAAAUUUAUGUGAAUGUUCUGAGCAUGAAUGACCUGCACAUGUGUUUACAGUACACCAUUUUGAAGGACUAUAACCAUGUCGGAAGAGUGUCAAAUACAAGUAGAUGAUUAAAUUCUGCAAGUGUUACAAUUAUAUAACUGCAAAUUUCCAAUUUUUACUUACUUGUUUUAAUAGUACAUGUAUUACUCUAUAGCAUUGUUUAUAAUCAUUAUGAGGUCUUGUCUGUGUAUAGACCCUGUAAAACACUCAGUGGUUUGUGUAAAGCAGUAUCGCUUAGGGUUAAUUUUUUUUUUUCUUGCUCAUGAAAACCAGGGCUUUGUUCUCCCUUGCAAAACUUGUUAAUUAAACCACCAUUCUGCUAUAAAUUGUGUAUAUAUUAUAUAAUUAUAAAGAAGAAAGAGAUAAUUUCAAAUACGUGUAUAUUAUUAUAGUAAAUAAAAAGAAAUGUAUUUUGUAGGAAUCAAGCCAGUCAUGUAUGUCAUGUUCCAUGAAAUAAUUUUUGAUUAUUUAUUUCACUCAUUAUCUUUUCAUUCACUUAGGAAACUUGGAUUGUAUAGGCUCAUCGUUGCAAUUUUGCUUGAUUUGUUUAUUUUACUUUUCAAUGAGGAUGGUUGUUUUUCUUUUUUUGUUUGUGUUUAUAUACCAUCACUUGUUGCCUCAUUAUAUGUGUGGGUAAAUUAAUCAUUGGUUCAUAUUCACCUAUUGGUUACUAGUCCAUGAUGUUGCUGCUUCUGUUAUGUUAAAUUAGUUAAGGGAAGUUCUGCAGAAAAUUGAUUAAGGAUAUUGACCUUAAAGAUCUUGUGUAAAAAUGUGUAUUCAUAAUUAUAUAUAUAUGCAUAGAUAUAUAUAUAGAUCUAUAUUAUUAAAACAUAUCAA